AUGACAGACUAUGAGGAAAGCAUUGCCUUCCUCGGACAAUGGGGACCGUUCCAACAAACAGUGUUUUUUCUAUUGUGUUGUAGUGCAAUACCUAAUGGUUUUACCGGCAUGUCCAUUGUAUUCAUCGGAGACACACCGCCCCAUCGUUGCCUUAUUCCCGCGGAAAGCAACAUCAGUGCCGAAUGGAGGAACCACAGUAUUCCCUGGGAGGAAGAUCAAAGUGGAACUUUGUCUCUCAGCAAAUGCUCUCGGUUUCGACUGGAUGUCAUCAAAAACUUAUCGAAUAGUGGAUACGUCCCGGGGAUUGAUGUGAACGUCACUGAGUUACCCCUCGAGACAUGUCUGGAUGGAUGGAAGUACGACCAGGGGACGUACAUCUCUACUAUUGUCACCGAGUGGGACCUGGUUUGUGAUGAAAAGUGGAGGAACCCUUUGACCUCCUCAAUCUUCUUCUGUGGUGUCCUCACCGGUUCCUUCCUGUCAGGACAGCUGUCAGACAGGUUUGGGAGGAAGAUUGUGCUGUUUGUAACCAUGGGGGUCCAGACAGUGUUCACCUUCAUCCAGGUCUUCUCUCUGUCCUGGUCUAUGUUCUGUGGACUACACUUCAUCGUGGGCAUGGGGCAGAUCUCCAACUACGUGGCUGCCUUUGUCCUUGGCACGGAGCUGUUGAGCCCAGAAGUGCGGAUCGUGUUCUCCACCUUGGGGUUGUGUGUCAGCUUCGCCCUGGGCUACAUGCUCCUCCCUCUGGGGGCCUACCUUAUCAGGGAGUGGAGGAUGCUGCUGCUGGUUCUUACCCUGCCUGGCGUCCUAUAUGUGCCGUUGUGGUGGUUCAUCCCAGAGUCCCCCCGGUGGCUGCUCUCUCAGGGCAGAGUGGAGGAAGCCGAGGCCAUACUGAGGAGAGCUGCCAGACAGAACCGAGUUCAGGCUCCUGACGUCAUCUUUCAGCCUCCACAGAUGGAGCUGGCGUCUGGGAAGUUAGAAACCUACAACAUCUGUGACCUGUUGCGUUCUAGGAACAUCUGUUGGGUCUCAGUCACCCUGUGGAUUGUCUGGACUGUCAUGUCCAUCGGCUACUUCGCCCUGUCCCUCAACACGUCCAACCUUCAUGGCAGCUCCUACCUCAACUGCUUUGUGUCGGCGGCCAUCGAGGUACCGGCCUACCUGCUGGCCUGGCUCCUGUUCCGCUUCUGCGGACGACGGCCUUCCCUCUGCUGGACACUGUUCCUGGGAGGAGUGAUGAUGUUUUUUACCCACCUCCUACCUCCAGGCCUGAGCUGGAUUUCCACGACUCUGGAAAUGUUGGGGAAGUUUGGCGUGACGGCGGCUUUUUCCAUCUUGUACGCCUUCACAGCGGAGCUCUACCCCACUGUCCUGAGAAACACAGCCGUGGGGGUGUGCUCCAUGGCAUCCCGCGUUGGCAGCAUCUCAGCGCCGUACUUCAUAUACCUAGGGGAGUACGACAAGUCCCUUCCCAACAUCCUGAUAGGUGGUCUGACCAUUCUGUCCGGACUGCUCAGUCUGCUGCUGCCAGAGAGCCACGGCGUGCCUCUUCCCGACACCGUCGACCACAUGCAGAGCUUCCCUGGGUGUAAAAAGCGAGAGGUGUGUAAAUGCACCUGUCCAUCAGGAGAGGAGGACGAGCGAGCCAUGGAGAUGUCGCGACAGCUAACACUCAAAAGCCCCUCAGCUGACCCAUGUAUUUAUCUGUCACAUGAUCUCUGAACAUACUGUUAGCUAUAGUGUGAAUCUCUAUGGUCGCUUAGCAGAUGGUUGACUUACUAGCUCUGUUUUUGUCUGUAAUCUAUCCAUCCAGUAGAGAACACUUAUGUUCACUUAUAAUUGACAGUAAAGUGGUUUCUUUGUUUACCUCACUCCCAAAUGACAGAAAAUGAAAUAGAAUACAGUAUCUUUAUUUCAAAGACAUGACACUAAUAUAUAUAUAUUGGAAUACUACAUAUCAUAUGU